CGCAUGCGCGGUACUAGUGGACACACCGCCAAGGGAACGACCCAACGGUCUCACUCACAUAACGUUACAGAUCAAAACAAACGUGACAAGAGUACACUUUGGGAAACGCUUGCUUACUUUUUACUUACAAUCUUUAUUUGCCUAAACUGUUUCAGCGCUAAGUGGACGCCCGGGAAUAGAAAAAAGAAACCAGACCAAACCGAAACUAGUUAACCAGCCAGAGACUAACCACUAAGUCCAAUGGCGACAGCAACGCCGUGUGUGUCCAAGGUGGAGCUGACGGUCUCCUGUGAAAAUCUGUUGGACAUGGAUAUCGGGUCCAAGUCUGACCCUCUGUGUGUCCUUCUCAUGAAUACUUCUGAAAACCAGUGGUUCGAGGUUGGUCGCACAGAGAGGGUUAAGAAUUGCCUGAACCCAAAAUUUGCCAAGAAGUUUCUCGUCGAUUACUACUUUGAGAUCGUUCAGAAGCUGAGAUUCGGCGUUUAUGAUAUUGACAAUAAAACCAUUGAUUUAUCCGAUGAUGAUUUUCUGGGAGAGUUGGAAUGCACUCUGGGUCAGAUUGUUUCUAGCAGCAAGCUGGUGAGACCUUUGGUUCUGAAGAACAAAAAACCUGCGGGAAAGGGAACUAUUACGAUCACGGCAGAAGAAAUCAAGGACAACAGAGUUGUGAAUUUUGAGGCUGAGGCCAGGAAAUUGGACAAAAAGGAUUUCUUUGGAAAAUCAGACCCCUACUUGGAAUUUUACAGACAAACGGAAACAGGCUGGCAGCUUGCUCACAGAACAGAGGUGGUGAAAAACAACUUAAACCCUUGCUGGAGACCAUUCAAAAUCUCUCUCCAGUCUCUCUGUGGCGGUAACAUGGAGAAACCAAUCAAGGUUGAAUGUUACGAUUAUGACAACGAUGGAUCUCAUGAUUUAAUAGGGAUUUUUGAGACCAAUAUGAAACGGCUGCAGGAGGCUUCCCGCACUGCUCCGGCCGAAUUUGACUGUAUAAACAGUAAGAAAAAGCAGAAGAAGAAAAGUUAUAAGAACUCGGGAGUCAUCAGUGUGAAACUUUGCCAGAUCGUCAGAGAAUACACCUUCCUGGACUACAUCAUGGGUGGUUGUCAAAUAAAUUUCAUUGUUGGUGUGGACUUCACGGGGUCAAAUGGUGAUCCCAGGUCACCUGACUCUUUGCAUUACAUCAGUCCUCAAGGUGUGAAUGAGUAUCUUGCAGCCAUCUGGUCAGUUGGCCUUGUGGUCCAAGACUAUGACAGUGACAAAAUGUUUCCUGCUUUUGGGUUUGGUGCCCAGAUUCCACCCAACUGGCAGGUGUCCCAUGAGUUUCCUCUCAAUUUCAAUCCUUCAAAUCCAUACUGUACAGGUAUAGAGGGUGUGGUGCAGGCCUAUAGGACUUGUCUUCCUCAGGUCAAACUUUACGGCCCUACAAAUUUCGCCCCCAUCAUCACACACGUCGCUCGGUUUGCACAACAAGCUUUACAGGACAACAAAGCAUCGCAAUACUAUGUUCUGUUGAUCAUCACGGAUGGGGUGAUCACGGAUAUGGAUCAGACCCGUUCGGCCAUAGUCGCGGCUUCACGCUUACCCAUGUCUAUAAUCAUUGUUGGCGUGGGGAAGGCUGACUUCACCGACAUGGAGAUUCUGGACGGAGACGACGGGCGGCUGAAGUCUAUCACGGGAGAGCCAGCCAUACGUGACAUAGUGCAGUUUGUGCCCUUCAGAAAGUUUCAGAACUCUCCUAAAGAAGCGCUGGCUCAAUGUGUUCUCGCUGAGGUUCCUGGUCAGGUGGUUACUUUCUUUAACAUGAUGAAGUUUCCUCCUCUAAACUCCAACACUCCUGUGGCAGCUCCAGAGGGGCCGGUAAAAACCUGAGAGGCCUCAACUCAUACUGCACAAAAUUCCCAGAUAAUCAACUGGAAACAUCUUGCAUCUCUCCUCUCAACCUAAAGCAUUAUGUAAGGGAUAAUAAACAGCCAGUCAUUAUUACAAAUAACACCCAGACAGGGUGAUAAGGAUUAUGUAAUAAAAUAGUUUAUUUUGUUAUUUUUACUUACUUAGCUUUUUCUAUUUGUUAUGGAUAUUGGUUUAUACUUGGAAGAAGCGGUGAUGACAGUAGUCUAAAUGAACGAGAUUAGUUUAGUUAGAUCUAAAGAUAAUUGGUUCGUUUCACCCACGUAAAUGAAAUACCAGGAAAUGUCUUAGUAAGUGUUGCAGGUGAGAUGGGUACACACAGUAGCAGUAUGAAUGGUAAUUAUUAAAAAUGAAUCCAGUGUCAUUCCCUUUUAAACGUGUUUACAGCAUUAAUGUUUUAUGCAAUAAUCAUGUCAAUAUCUAAGUACUCUUCUGUAUGUCCAGGGCUCCAGACUUCCCCCAAAUGGUGGCUUUUUGCCAGCAAAAUUUGAGAGUGUGCCACUGAAUUUUACAUCCAGUAAAUCUGACCUUUUUUUGUGAUGUGACACUGAAUUUGAAACAGCACAUUGUACUUUCUGCAUCUGUCAUUGAAGUAUAAAUUUGUAGAAAAAUCAAUAUUUGGUUAGCAUGUUGAUUUUUGGUGUGUGCACCUAAAUUUUCUGGUUGUGCCCCUAAAAUUUUCAGUUGGGGGCCACUGUGCUCCUAGUGAAAAAAGUUAGUCUGGAGCCCUGAUGUCAUGUUUUUAUAUCUGUGUAUGAUUUUUAAACCGUGCCUGAUUCACAUCAAAUUUUGCAAAGAUGUAUUGCCAUGUUUCUUUGACACGUAUGGGUCACAUUAUUUGCAGUUUUUAUUUCCUGUACAAAAACCUGUGCUCAGAACAUAUUUUGGCAGCUGCAUACAUGCCAAGUUUAACCUUUGACCAGAAUGCAAUGCACAUAUUAGAUUAGUCUAAUAACUUUGUGUAUAAAAGCCAUACGAUAUAAUCUGUUUAUGAGGUUUAUAUCUACCUGGACUCUGUAGUCCUGUAGUGCCUGAAUACAUGGUGCGUGUAUACAAUAAAACGUAUAUGCACAAAUAAUCAACUUUUUUUAUCAGUAUUCUGUUAGAUUUUUUCACGUUCAGUUAUGCACCUUUAAUUCCAACAUCACGACCAGCCAAUAGAGCAUGGUGCAGUGUUUUUGCAUGUAAUGUGUCAACUCACUACUGUAGUAGUUGCUGUUAGAUAGUGAGGAUUGCAUUUUUGUCCCUGUACCAUACUCUGCUUUGUGCCAAAAUAUAAAAAUAAAUCAUGAAAUAGCUGAA